AGCUGGGACUCGGUCCUCCUCCAGUUGUUGGACGCAGCGACCCACACGCACGCGUUUAGCCGCAGCUCAGUCGCGGUUGCUCGGCCAUGGCCUCCGUGGUUUGUCGGGUCCAGUACCUGGAGGACUCGGAUCCGUUCGUCUGCACGAACUUUCCCGAACCGCGCCGACCUCCGACGGUGAACGUGGAGGAGAACCUGCCGCUCGGGGAGCAGAUCGCGGGGAUCCACAAGCUGCUGGAGGCGCCUCUGAAGUUAGAGGACUGCACCCUUCAGUUGUCUCCACUUGGAAACUAUCUGGACCUUGACUUGUCUCUGGACGAGCAGAGAGAUGAGCUGGAGAGCUUCUACCAAGACGUGACGAAAGGGAAGAAGCCCAUUAUGAUCCUGAGGACUCAGCUCUCCGUACGGGUCCACUGCAUUCUGGAGAGGUUGUAUAACUCCCAGGGUCCAGAACUCCGACGGGCCCUGUUCUCCCUCAAGCAGCUAUUCCAAGAUGAUAAAGACCUGGUUCCAGAGUUUGUGGCCUCUGAAGGUUUGACUUGUUUUGUCAAAGUUGGAGCGGAGGCCGACCACAACUACCAGAACUACAUCCUAAGAGCCCUCAGUCAGAUCAUGCUGUUUGUGGAUGGUAUGAAUGGAGUGAUAAACCACGGUGAGACGCUCCGCUGGCUCUACACUCUGACAGGAAGUCUGUCUCGUCUGGUGGUGAAGACGUCCCUAAAGCUCCUCAUUGUCUUCGUUGAGUAUUCUGAGACAAAUGCUCCCCGGCUCAUCGAGGCUGUGAACGCCGUGGACACACACAGAGGAAUGAAGCCGUGGACUUACCUGAUGGAGGUGCUGGAGGAGAGAAACGGGUCUGACACCGAGCUCCUCAUGUUCACCAUGACGCUCAUCAACAAGACCCUCUCCGUGCUCCCUGACCAGGACUCUUUCUACGAUGUGACGGACAGUCUGGAGCAGUUGGGUCUGGAGACCAUCAUCCACCGACACAUGAGCAGCGAAGACACACAACCAGACCUCAGGGCCCAGUUCACCACCUAUGAGACCUCUCUGAAGCAUGAGGACGAGGAGCAGGAUGACUCCUCCCCUCACCUCCGUAAGGAGAGGAGAAAGAUGGCCGCCGGCGAGCAGGAGGGACAGAGGAACCGUGGCCUGUCCGGUCAGAACCUCCCGGACCGCUUGUCGUCCUCGGCUGGCUCUUCCCCCUCCACCUCCCCCACUCCCCCCGCCUUCCUCCCAACCCCAUCCCCUGCCGUCUCCUCCCCCAGCCCCACGGGGGCGUUAGAAGGCAGCAGGUCAUCGUCCCCGCUCACCUCUGACCCUGGAAGCCCCGCCUCAAGUCCGUCCGGAUCCCACAGAGGGUCUCCGCUGCCCCCCCGCACGCCCCCCAACGGCGCUGUGACCGUGGGGCAGGAAUCCGGAUCCCCGACCAGCGCGAGUCGCUCCUUCCUCAGCCACCACAUGUCCUCUCUGGGGCUGAGCAGAAGGUCCAGGCUCUUCUCCAAAACCAGCUCCGUCAGUGAGGAGCCUUCGGCCCCCUGCAGCAGCUCCUCCUCAGACCUCCCAGAGCAGGAGAAGAGCUCCCAGUUGAACCAGCAGCCCCUCACCAUCAGCUCUUGGGAGGCUGACUUCCUCUUCUGCUCCGAUGACUCUAAUGUAAAUCCAGACAAGCCGGUUCUGAGGAAGCUUGAAAAACCCUUCCUGCGAACCCUGGCAGCCACUCAGUGGGAGAAGAAGAGAAGAAGUACACGCCUCAGCCAGUCCAGGCUGUCCUCGUCUGAUGACAUCAUCCCUCCAGGCCUGCAGCCUGCAGAGGGGGCCAACAGCGUCCCCACUGAAGGGCGACCUCGUCCGAUUUCCACCUCCAGCAGUUUGGACACCAACAGAAACUCUGACUCCCAGAAGGAUCCCGCGUCUGCAUUCCAACAGCAGAGCAGUACUCUGUCCACAAACGAGAAGUUGUACUCCAAGACCUCCAGCUCAGGACCUCAGAGCCCCAGCGCAGCCGCUGCUGCUUCCAACGCCAGCGAAGAAGAAGCCGCCUUCCUGCCCGGUGGAGAUCUGGGAGGACGUGGUCGUGUUUUCGAGCGACUCUCCAACUUCACAACCCGCUCAGUGGAGCCGCCCAAUGAGAGUAGAGCAUCGCGCAGGGCGGAGCUAGAAGGGCUGGAAGGCUCCGCCCAGGCGGCACUGGCCCGCCUUGCUGAAGAACAACAGGUCCGAAUGUCUCUGUCUGCUUCCUACCGUCACCUUCGGCAGCAGAGCAGCGUGGACCUGGACAGCAAUGGCCGCCGUCUGGAGAUGACCCCGAUCACCCCGCUGGGCCCCGGGGGCCUCCCUGAUGCCUGGGACCAGCUGCAGCCCAGUACCGCUGCCUUGCGCAAAGACCUGGAUUUCUCCGACCUGCUGGACGAGGAGGACAUUGAUGUGCUGGACAUGGACUCCUUGGACUCGUCCUCCUUGCUUCUCCGGGGCCCUCCUCCUCCAACGGGCCUAGGUGUUCCCCCUCCUCCUCCUCCUCCUCCACCCGGCCUAGGUGUUCCUCCUCCACCUCCUCCUCCUCCACCCGGCCUAGGUGUUCCUCCUCCACCUCCUCCUACACCAGGCCUAGGUGUUCCUCCUCCUCCUCCUCUACCAGGGGAUCCAGCCCCUCCUGUCCCUCCCCUCUCGGCUGCGUCCUCCCAGAAGAAGAAGACGGUGAAGUUGUUCUGGAGGGAGCUGAAGCAUGCCGACGGGCCUCAGCGGGGUUGCUUUGGUCGGGGGACUGUGUGGGCAUCGCUGGACAAAGUGUCCGUGGACACCACCCGACUUGAACACCUGUUUGAGUCCAAGGCCAAGGAGAUGCCCGUCGCCAAGAAAGGACCUGAGACAAAGAGGUCUGAGAUUCUGGUUCUGGACUCAAAGAGGAGCAACGCCAUAAACAUCGGUAUGACUGUGUUACCGGCCGUCCACGUCAUCAAGACCGCCAUCCUCAACUUUGACGAGUACGCCAUCAGCAAGGAGGGUAUAGAGAAGAUCCUGACCAUGACCCCCACAGAGGAGGAGAAGCAAAAGAUCCAGGACGCUCAGCUGGCCAAUCCUCAGGUCCCUCUGGGGACAGCAGAGCAGUUCCUGCUGAGCCUGGCCUCCAUCAGUGCUCUGGCCCCCCGCCUGCAGCUCUGGGCCUUUAAACUGAACUACGAGGCUCUGGAGAAGGAGAUCGCUGAGCCCCUGUUUGACCUGAAGCUGGGCAUGGAGCAGCUCUCGUCCAAUCAGACCUUCAGGAGGAUCCUGGCUACGCUGCUCGCCAUCGGGAACUUCCUCAACAGCUCCAACGCUAAAGGCUUCGAGCUGGGUUACCUGGAGAAGGUGGUGGAGGUGAAGGACACCGUCCACCGUCAGUCCUUGCUGCACCACACCUGCAGCCUGCUGCUCGAAAACUACCCAGAAUCCUCAGACGUGUAUUCAGAGGUCCCAGCCAUCACCCGCUCCGCUAAAGUGGACUUCGACCUGCUCUCGGAGAACCUGGUGCACCUGGAGAAACGCUGCAAAGCAUCAUGGGACAACCUGAAGGUGGUGACCAAACAUGAGACGAAGGUGGUGCUGAAGAACAAGCUGACAGAGUUUCUGAAGGACUGUACACAGAGGAUCCUCAUCCUCAAGGUGGUCCAUAGGAGGGUCAUCAACAGGUUCCACUCCUUCUUGCUGUUCCUGGGCCAGCCGUCCUCCUCAGUGAGGGACAUCAGAGUGACCAGCUUCUGCCGGAUCAUCAGCGAGUUCUCUCUGGAGUACCGGACCACCAGGGAGCGGGUCCUGACCCUCAAACAGAAACGGGCCGCUCACAGAGAGAGGACCAAGACACGGGGAAAGAUGAUCACCGAGACGGAGAAAUUUUCGGGGGCGGUGCCUGGCGAGGAUGGCUCCUCCCCUGUCUCAGGAGAGGCGGGGCCCUGUCAGGAGGAGGAGCAUGAGAACAUGAAGAACCUGCUGAUCAGCACAGACCAUCUGAUGAUAGACCAGAAAGGCAUGAGACGCUCCAGAGUUGUUCGCAGUCUCGGCAGGGUUAGUCCGUCCCAGAUGUUUCGAGCCAGAGAAGACUGCACCGGCUCUGCUGACGACGCCACGGACGAGAUCAUGGACCGCCUGGUCAAGUCCGUCACACAGAACCCAUCCGACAGACCCUCCAGCCCCAAAACCCGAAAGAGGUCACGUCUGAACAGGAAGUCAAUGAGGCGGACUCUGAAAAGUGGACUCAGUCUGGACGUGGUUCAGGCUCUGGGACUCAACAGCCAGACAGCAGAGCAAGUCUGAUCACUGAAGACUGAUCCCCGACCAGCUGAGAGACAACAGGACAACCAGAGCGAACAUGUGGUUAUUAAUAUGGAUGUUGACACUUCGAUGACGUCACGUUUAUUGAACCGAAGCGACAUGCAACAACAACAACAACAACACAAGAACAUAUCCCUUUAGUUAUUUUAAUAAAACACAAUCUUCUUGGGUUUGUAAUGCGACCCCUCUGUGACCUCGCUGUGACCUCGCUUGCCGCUGCUUUUACUUCUUUGCAUCUCCAUUUGGAAUUGGGCAACAACGUUUGACAUUAAAUUCAAACCUCUCCAACAGUUUUUAAAUGUUCCAUCUGAACGAGAACUUUAUUUCUGAAUAGACAAACCUUCUUAGGAGCUGAAGUGCACGCAAACACCCACUCUGGAGUAUUCAUGUUUGUAGAGAUGUUUCUUGUCACCAAAUCACAAAUGGGUUAUAAAACAUGUGUUUAUGUAUCUCGUAUGUUCAGAUUACUGGAGUUAUUGGUUCUGUACAGGUAUUUUCUGCACUUUGAGGUGUUUCUGCUUGUUUCCUCUGCAACAGUUUAGUUUUCAUUUGAAGCCCCAGAUAAACAUUUUACUGUAAAGAAAUUGGUAUUUUCAAUAAAGGUUUUUAAUAAAGUUUAUUUCGGAAGCUUCGAAA